AUGGCCAACAGACCCAAGACCAGCGAGGCCUUGAAGGUGGUGGCCCGCUGCCGCCCCAUGAACAGGAAGGAGGAAGGGGCCGGGUACGAGAGGAUCUUGGAGAUGGACGUGAAACUGGGGCAAGUGACCCUCCGGAACCCCAAGGCCGCCCCCGGGGAGCUGGCGAAGACCUUCACGUUCGACGCCGUGUACGACGCCAGUUCCAAGCAGGCGGACCUGUACGACGAGACGGUCAGGCCCCUGAUAGACUCUGUCCUGCAAGGAUUCAACGGGACCAUCUUCGCCUACGGCCAGACGGGCACCGGGAAGACCUACACUAUGCAAGGGGCCUGGACGGACUCAGAGAAGAGAGGGAUCGUCCCCAAUUCCUUUGAGCACAUCUUCACCCACAUCUCCCGGUCCCAGAACCAGCAGUACCUAGUGAGAGCCUCCUACCUGGAGAUCUACCAAGAGGAGAUCCGAGACCUCCUGGCGAAGGACCAGAGCAAGAAACUGGAGCUGAAGGAGAACCCCGAGACGGGCGUUUACAUCAAAGACCUCUCCUCGUUCGUGACCAAGAACGUCAAGGAGAUCGAGCAUGUCAUGAACCUGGGCAACCAGACCCGAUCGGUGGGCAGCACCAACAUGAAUGAAUACAGCUCCCGCUCCCACGCCAUCUUUGUGAUCACAGUGGAGUGCAGCGAGACCGGCCUGGAUGGAGAGGACCACAUCCGGGUGGGCAAGCUCAACCUGGUGGACUUGGCAGGCAGCGAGCGCCAGAGCAAAAUGGGGGGGCCAGGGGAGAGGCCUAAGGAGGCUUCCAAGAUUAACCUCUCCCUCUCUGCUCUGGGCAACGUCAUCUCUGCCUUGGUCGAUGGCAAAAGCACUCACAUCCCCUACAGAGACUCCAAGCUGACUCGCCUCCUGCAGGACUCCUUGGGUGGCAAUGCCAAGACCAUCAUGGUGGCCACCCUAGGCCCAGCCUCUCACAGCUACGAGGAGAGCUUGUCCACCCUCAGGUUUGCCAACAGAGCGAAGAACAUCAAGAAUAAGCCGAGGGUCAACGAGGACCCGAAGGACACCCUGCUGCGGGAGUUCCAGGAGGAGAUCAUCCGGCUGAAAGCCCAGCUGGAGAAGCGAGGGAUGCUGAGCAAGAAGAGGAGGAGAAACAGCCGAAGGAAGAAGGUGGUGGAUGGAGAGGGCAAUACAGAGGCCGAAGGGGAGGAGGACAAUGACGACGGCCUGGAGAAGAACAUGGAGAGUUACUUGAAGGAGCAGAAGGAGAGGCUGGAAGAGGAGAAGGCGGCCAUUCAAGAUGACCACAGCCUGGUGAGUGAGGAGAAGCAGAAGCUGCUGGAGGAGAAGGAGAAGAUGAUAGAGGAUCUGAGGAAGGAGCAAGAAGCCACCGAGUUACUGGCCAUUAAGUACAAGGCGAUGGAGAGCAAGCUGCUGAUAGGAGGGAGGAACAUCAUGGACCACACAAAUGAGCAGCAGAAGAUGCUGGAGCUGAAGAGGCAGGAGAUAGCUGAGCAGAAACGUCGGGAGCGGGAGAUGCAGCAGGAGAUGCUGCUGCGGGAUGAGGAGACCAUGGAGCUGCGGGAGACCUUCACGUCUCUGCAGCAGGAAGUGGAGAUCAAAACCAAGAAGCUGAAGAAGCUGUAUGCCAAGCUGCAGGCGGUGAAGGCAGAGAUUCAGGACCAGCAUGAUGAGUACAUCAGAGUGCGGCAGGACCUGGAGGAAGCGCAAAAUGAACAGACACGGGAACUUAAACUCAAAUACUUGAUCAUUGAGAACUUUAUCCCUCCUGAAGAGAAGAACAAGAUCAUGAACCGCCUGUACUACGACUGUGAGGAGGACCAGUGGAAGUUCCAGCCGCUUGUGCCUGCUGGGGGCAGCAACAACCAAAUGAAGAAGAGGCCAACCUCUGCCGUGGGCUACAAGAGACCCAUCAGCCAGUAUGCGCGGGUGGCCAUGGCCAUGGGAUCCCACCCUAGGUACCGGGCUGAGAACAUCAUGUUCCUGGAGCUGGACCUCUCCCCCCCAGCUGUGUUUGAAUUUGAGCUGACCGGGGACCAGGGCGAGCACGACCCACGAGCUCUGCACCUUGAGAGGCUGAUGCGCCUGGAUAGUCUCCUGGAGCGGCCGGCAGCUGCCAGGGUGAGGAAGUCCCGAUCCUGGUGCCAGACGGCCCGGCCGCUGCCACCCUCAACAACUCACGGUUCUCUGGUGGCCGUGUCCCAGCGGCCCCCCACGAUGCCAGCUCAUGAGUGA